UGUCCACAUAUUGUAUCAAGAUCAGAAUGGGGAGCCAGGAAACCUAAACAUUCUGAUAAACCUAUGCCACAUGUACCUCAGUUUCUAUACAUCCACCACUCGGCCUCAUCACCAUGUCAUGAUACUAAAGAAUGCUCUAGAUUGACCCGGAUCGCCCAAGAUUACUACAUGGACGGUCAUGGUUGGUCUGACUUGGGUUAUACGUUUAUGAUCGGUGAAGAUGGCAAUGUUUAUGAGGUACAUGGUUGGGACGAGAUUGGAGCUCAUACACUAAACCAUAAUACAGAUGGUUAUGGUUUCUGUGUGAUUGGUAAUUUCAUGGCCAGAGUCCCCAACACGAAAGCCCUGAAUGCAUUAAAACAACUGAUAGAUUGUGGGGUGAAAAAUGGUAAAAUACGAUCGGACUAUAUCCUUAAAGGACAUCGUGACGUCAGAGCUACUCUGUGUCCUGGACAAAAAUUAUAUGAUUUAAUACGAACUUGGCCACAUUAUAUGAAAAGUGGCCAUGUUGUUGGCAAGUAA